AAAUGCAGAUUAGAUAAUCAAUGGUCAGGAAAAGAAAAAAAUUUUAAUGUAGGCGCAAAAUAUAGGAUAAAAGUAAUGAAAAGUGUGAAGGUGUGGAUGAAUGAGUUUGCAAUAUAAGGAUUUCUCAAUUCUAUAACCAAGAAGCUCUAACGACAUAAAGCUCGACGAUAUGGAUUUAAUGAAAGAUGAGGACAUCAAUAAUGACAUCAACGAUAAAAAAUCUAAAAUGAUUAUAUCAAAAAUGUUAAACUUCAAAACUGACAUAAUAUGGUAUAUAGCACUACAACUUUUUGUAUUGCAUGUUGUUGGCAUUUAUGGUUUAUUGACUUUCGACUACAUGAAAAACUUAAUGACCACAUUAUGGAUACCUGGAAUGUAUCUUAUAUCCAAUCUUGGCUUAUCCGCUGGAGUCCAUCGACUUUGGAGUCACAAGUGCUACAAAGCAAAAUUACCAUUAAGAAUUUUACUUCUAAUAUGCUACAAUUCAAGUGGACAGAAUACGAUAUAUAACUGGGUAAAGAAUCAUCGUAUGCAUCACAAAUAUUGCGAUACUGAUGCCGAUCCUCACAAUAAUCGACGCGGAUUUUUUUAUGCGCACUGUGGCUGGGUGAUGAUGAAAGAACAUCCAGAAUUUAUUAAAAAAGUCAAACAACUAGAUUUAUCGGAUAUUAUGUCAGAUCCUGUUGUAGCCUUCGGUGAAAGAUACGCUUUACCGCUCCAACUUUUCUUCACGAUUAUCCUACCUACGAUAAUACCAGUCUACCUUUGGAACGAAACUUGGAGUAGAGCCAUUAUAUCGCAAAUAUUUAUACGAUAUAUGAUUUCCUUGAAUUUUUUAUGGACACUCAAUAGCAUGGCUCAUGCAUGGGGCACUAAACCAUAUGAUAAAUACAUAACCUCGGUAGACAACAAUUUUAUCUAUUAUAUAACAACUGGAGAAGGCUAUCACAAUUUUCAUCAUGCGUUUCCGUGGGAUUAUAGAUCAUCAGAAGCCGGAAAUAACAAAUUUAAUUACACCACUCACUUCAUCGAUAUCUGUGCAAAAUUAGGAUUAGCGUACGAUCUUAAAUAUCCGUCUGAUGAGCAUAUAAAAAAUGUUAUAUUAAAGAAUGGUGAUGGAACACACCCCAUAAUGUCUGAAGUACCAAGACCACAAUGAGAUAACGUGGUCAAAAUAAAAUAAAAAGCGCACUAUUUGUUUAAUAAAAACAUUACAAU